GGCAAACCACGGCUCCAAGAGCUGGCGAGCCGGGAGGGAGCCGCCAGGACCCCCAGAGAAAGCCACCAAGUGACCCAGGAGCAUGACACUUGAGGGGCAAGAGACAGCUGACCAGCCACGAGUGACCCUGCUGCCCACACCCAAUGGCAGUGGGCUGAGCCAGGAGUUUGAAGGCCAUUGGCCAGAGAUCCCAGAGAGGUCCCCGUGUGUGGCUGGUGUCAUUCCUGUCAUCUACUACAGCAUCCUGCUGGGCCUGGGGCUGCCUGUCAACCUCCUGACCACAGCGGCCCUGGCCCGCCUUGCCUCCAGGACCAGGAAGCCCUCCUACUACUACCUUCUGGCGCACACGGCCUCAGACAUUGUCACCCAAGUGGUCAUCGUGUUCGUGGGCUUCCUUCUGCAGGGAGCCGUGCUAGCCCGAGAGGUGCCCCAGGCUGUGGUACGCACAGCCAACAUCCUGGAGUUUGCGGCCAACCAUGCAUCAGUCUGGAUCGCUGUCCUGCUCACCGUCGACAGGUACAGUGCCCUGUGCCACCCUCUGCACCAUCGGGCUGCCUCGUCCCCAGGCCGGACCCGCCGGGCCAUCGCCUUUGUCCUCGGAGCUGCCCUGCUGACUGGCAUCCCCUUCUACUGGUGGCUGGACGUGUGGAGGGACGCCAGCCCCCCCAGCACACUGGACGAGGUCCUCAAGUGGGCUCACUGCCUCACCGUCUAUUUCAUCCCUUGUGGUGUUUUCCUGGUCACCAACUCAGCCAUCAUCUGCCAGUUACAGAGGAGGGGCCGGGGUGGGCUGCGACCCCAGGUGGGCAAGAGCACAGCCAUCCUCCUGGGCAUCACCACCCUCUUCGCUCUCCUUUGGGCACCCCGGAUCUUUGUCAUGCUUUACCACCUGUACGUGGCCCCCGUCCACCGGGACUGGAGGGUUCACCUGGCCUUGGAUUUGGCCAACAUGGCGGCCAUGCUCAACACAGCAAUCAACUUUGGCCUCUACUGCUUUGUCAGCAGGACUUUCCGGGCUACUGUCCGAGAGGUCAUCCAUCAUGUCCACCUGCCCUGUGCCCUGGGUUCACAGCCCAAGGGCAUGGUUGUCGAGCCCAUGCUGAAGCCUCCAGGACUCGGCAAAGGGGCAGAAUUGUAGAGGAGGGGCCCAGCCAAGGUGCUUGGGUGACUCAGGACCAGAUGGACUGGGACCUUGGUG